AUGGCGGUGAAGCCAGACGAGAUUGCUUCAUUCGAGCAUAGAACAAGACUCCCCCGGCCAAUACUAAACCCUUCUGGUCGUUUUGUUAGACAUGAAACUUCGUUCUGGCCGUCAGAAAUGGGAUAUCGCAUGGCCAAGCGGAUGGAAAGAACAAAUCAAGCAUUUGUGGAUGGCUCGGCGGAUAUCUGUACUAUGCUAUGUUUAAUUUCAUACAGGACAUUAUGCAUGGCUGUCGCGCAGAAGGGGGAAUUGGCCAGUGAAAAGGUCGUCGUAGGAUUUCCAGAGGACUGGGGUAGAAUAUGCAUAACAACUGCUGGCGCUGCGGGCUCUUGGAGAGGGAGAUGCCAGGUAUAA